GCGCCCGCCCGCGCGCCCGCUCCCUCCCCCUCCCCCCGGCCCGAGCCCCCUGCCGCCGCCGUCGCCUCCUCGGAGCGGGGCCCAGGCCCAGCCGCCGCCACCGCUGCCGCCGUCGAGCUCCGCCGCCGCCGCCGAGCACCAUGGGAGACGCCGGGAGCGAGCGCAGCAAAGCGCCCAGCCUGCCGCCUCGCUGUCCCUGCGGCUUCUGGGGGUCCAGCAAGACUAUGAAUCUCUGUUCCAAAUGCUUUGCUGAUUUUCAAAAGAAACAACCAGACGAUGAUUCCACUCCAAGUACAAGUAACAGCCAAUCAGAUUUGUUUUCCGAAGAGACCACCAGUGACAACAACAAUACCUCCAUAACCACGCCAACUCUAAGUCCCAGCCAGCAGCCGCUUCCGACAGAACUGAAUGUAACUUCACCCAGUAAAGAGGAAUGUGGGCCAUGCACAGACACAGCUCAUGUCUCGUUAGUCACACCAGCCAAAAGGUCCUGUGGUACAGAUUCACAGUCUGAGAAUGAGGCUUCUCCUGUGAAACGGCCACGACUACUGGAGAGUACCGAGCGGUCUGAGGACACCAGCCGGUCCAAACAGAAGAGUCGACGUCGGUGCUUCCAGUGCCAAACCAAACUGGAGCUGGUGCAGCAGGAAUUGGGAUCGUGUCGCUGUGGUUACGUGUUCUGUAUGUUACACCGCCUCCCCGAGCAGCACGACUGUACGUUCGACCACAUGGGCCGCGGCCGAGAGGAAGCCAUCAUGAAAAUGGUGAAACUGGACCGCAAAGUGGGGCGCUCCUGCCAGCGCAUCGGGGAGGGGUGCUCCUGAAGGCCAGGCGUGGCCAUCACAUGACGCUGUUCUUAGUUCACUAAUGUUAGCCUUAUUUAGGACAAAGUCAGCCAGACACCUUGUACUGGGCACGCGUCAGACUACAGCCAGCCCAUUUCCUUUCUUUAGCCAGCCAUCCUGGUACUGUAGUUUAGGGGUUGAUGGUGGUUGAAAUUGAUUUCUGGCUGGUUACUAAGGUGCCUGCUAGCCAUUGUAUAAAAUUAAAACAUGAAGAAUAUUUUUUUUGAGCAUGGCUAGUGGAUUUAAAACAACACAUACCUGUCACUGCUGGAGUCAAACUUACAAAAAGCCUUAAGCGGAAAGCGUUCCAGAUGGAGACUCUGAGUUACUUAGAGCAGUAGAAGCUGGGGUUAAAGUUUCCACGACGCACAUGGCUUUGCCAGAAACUCUGUUUAAUGUUCGGCCUUUCACCUCUUCACUCACCUUGGUCCCAGUAGCCAGGACCCUGACGGCCACCGUGCCUUGGCCAUGGGCGGCUGCUGACGGGUGUGGGGCCGGGCUGGGCGCGGCCUUGUUCUCUGCAGAGUCGGGAGUGGGGGGUGGGGCAGAUUCUUACGGAAAUUUUUUUUUACCUGACUUGUUAUGAAAAACUCAUCCUACAAGCGAAACAGUAACCUCACUUUCAAAAGUUAGCUCCAUUCAAGACUAGUCCACGCACGAGACCUGCCUUCCAUGCAAGAUCCGAGGUCACGGGAGCAGCCCCGGUGUCUGACCCAGUGGCCAUGGCUGCCAAGCGCAGGGACCUGGCCGUCGGUCCAGUGAGGCUCCUGGCAGCACAGCGCCUUUUGCAGCCCGGUUUCUACUCGGGGAGUUGUUUUUAUUUUUUUCCUUUAAACAAAAGACGUUUCGUAGUCACCAGGCAUCAGGGGACGCUGCUGCAGCCCGAACAGGCUCUGCCCUCAUGGCGGGGGCCUGGAGGGUGGCACUGUGGCCUCCACUCUCGUUUCUAUGCAGUCCCAGAGUCCAGGGAUGACCAGUCCACCUCUGCCACAUGGCACGUUGGGAAGGGAAGGCAUUGUGCCUCGAGCACUGUGGGCCUGGGCCUCCCGACAGUGUCCUGCGCCGCUGGGGGGGGGGGGCGGGAGGGCAGUGCCCAGCCUGUGUACGGUGAGCUGCAGUAGCCUGGGCCAGAGGGGAGAGGGCCGGCCAUGGGCCUGGUUGCCCACCAGCUGAGGGCGGGCUGGGUAGACAGGAAGGACGCCCGUGAGAGCCUGCGGCAGGCGGCUCCCGCACAGCUUGGUAGCUUGGCCCACACCAGGCUGCUGACUGACUAGUUGAACCCAGCAACUUCCCUUUGUACAAAACACACUUCAUCUCUGCACAUUAACCACACCUGCACCCACAAAUGGUUUUGAUCCGAAAUAGGAAAUCAUGCUCUUCCCAACCUCCUCCUCCGCCACACCCUCCACCCCACCAGAGUGGAACCCACUGCAGAAUCUCCAGCCUUAAUUCUUGCUUCAGGACCCAGACGGGCAUCUUGCUCUGGGGCAGCCCCAGGGCAGGGAGCCGGGUCUGUCCAGCGUUUACCACUGCUGCCAAGCCACGGCCCUCUGGCCUCCCGGCCAUCCUCAGCGAGGCGCCUGCCUCCGCCCCCGCCCCCGCCAAGCUCGAACCCGAAGAGGUGGCACGUGUGUGCCCUUCCCGGCUUCUUGAGGCCCCAGCUGCUGUGUGGAGGUGGCGCAUGCAGGGACUGCAGCCCCCGUCCACUUCCUGCUGGCAGAGCCGGGUGGAGGGAGGAAGGGCUCGUUCCCCUACAGUAUCUGUUCUGUGGAGUUUGUUAAAUGUAAGGAAAGCUUAAAUUCUUGUAUCUUUAAAGAGAAAAUCUUAUUUAACCCUUUUGUGUUCUAGAUUUACUUACACACAUAGCCUAGAGCUCAGUUUUAGUUUUAACAUUGUGAAAAUAUUAAAAGAAUCUUGUAACUUUAUUCUUUUUUCUCCUGCUGAAAAAAAAAUUAAACCAAUCGUAUGAA